GCUCUCAGCAGUCAGCCCCAGCGCCCCGCGCCGCCGCUCGCUCCUUUCCUCCUCCACCCUUCGCCGGCCGCCGCCUCCCUCACGGACCGCCGCAGCGCGCCAUAUUUCUGCCCUCCUGAUCCGCCACUCCAAACCCGCGGGGGAGAGGCGGCGGCUCCAAGGAAGAUGGGGUGGAAGGCUGCGGAGAAGCUUAUCAGGCACUGGAAGAUCCUCCGCGGUGACAAUGUGAUGAUCAUCAGAGGCAAGGACAAGGGAGAGACAGGGCUCAUCAAGCGGGUGAUUCGGUCGCAGAAUCGCGUCAUCGUCGAGGGCAAGAACUUGGUUAAGAAACACAUUAAGCAAGGGGAAGGGCACACAGGUGGUAUUUUCUCGAUUGAAGCACCACUUCAUGUUUCAAAUGUCCAGGUUGUUGAUCCUGUGACUGGGAAACCGUGUAAAGUUGGAUAUAAGUAUUUGGAAGAUGGGACCAAAGUCAGAUUCGCUAGAGGCAUGAAUGCAUCUGGUGCUGUGAUACCCAGGCCAGAAAUUUUGAAGGAGAGAAGAAAACCAAGGCCCGCAUCACCUGGCCCAAAGGAUACACCAAUCGAACUUGUGCUGGAGAAGACAUACGAUGAGAAAGCUGGGAUCGGUAUGCCUGAUCUAUAGAUGCUACAUUGGUUCUGCUGAAUUUAGUAUUUGUGAACAGGUCCUAGUUAAGGUAUCACGGGGAGUCGAUGAUUGUUGCAGCUGUACUGUGCUUCCCUCAUAAUAAUCAUGUAUUAAAAGUUGAAAUAGUCUUUUAUUCGUUAUUGGCAUGUAUGCUGCCUUUCUUUAGGCCGAAUGUUCAGUUCUGCAGAAUUGCGGAAAAGCAUUCUUGGUCGAGAAAUGGCAAAGAUCUGUAUCUUCUUAACGAGAUAUCCAUUUAUGAGAAGAGAUGUUAAUUCAACUUGCUAA